CCCCAAUAUUCAUUUUUAAUGAUUUUUUUUCUUUGAAUAGAAUUUGUGAUUUGGCUGAUGUUUGGGAUGGUUAUUCAUCGUUCAUGACCAUUCCGGAUUCGGGUUUCAUGAUGGAGAACGGGACAAGUUGCUUGCCGUGCACGCCCGAAGAAGAAAAAACGAUCAUUACUGAUUUAAAAAACGAAUCUGAACGUAAUUUGAAACAAGGCAACUUGUAUUUCGUAAUUUCCAGCAGCUGGUUUCGAAGGUGGGAGAGGUAUGUUGGAAUAGACGCUGAUGAAAAUUUGAUUGGGAACCAAUCUUCUGAUUCUCGGCAUAUCAAUGGAGCUUUUUCUGUCGUGGCAGAAAGACCGGGUCCUAUUGACAACUCUAACAUUGUUGAGAACGGAAAUGAUACCGAUUGCAAGGAAAAUGAGAUUCAGCUUCGGAGAAUGUUAAUGGAAGGGCAGGAUUAUGUUUUGGUACCCCAAGGAGUUUGGGAAAAGCUUCAUGAAUGGUAUCAAGGAGGGCCAGCAUUGCCGAGAAAGAUGAUUUUGCAGGGUGUUCUCCAUCGAAAGUUUGAUGUGGAGGUUUACCCUCUUUGUCUUAAGUUGAUAGAUUCCAGGGAUGAAAGUCAGUCAACUAUAUGGAUAAGCAGAAAGGCUUCUGUAACUGAGCUUUUCCAGAAGGUCUGUGCACUUAAAGGAAUAAAGCAGGAUAAGACUCGCCUUUGGGAUUACUUCAACAAGAGAAAGUAUGCACAGUUGUCUGUUUCAGCCAAAAGCGUGGAGGAAUCCAAUUUACAGAUGGACCAAGAUAUCCUUCUGGAGCAAGUUGAUGGGCGUCAUUCUUCUGGACUUGGCAUGGAUUCUACAGGAAAUGAACUAGCUUUGGUUUCUUUGGAACCUUCAAGAUCACCCAUGACAAUUGCUGGUGGGUCAACAUUGUCCAAUGGGCACUCUUCAGGUUACGCAACAAAUCUGUAUCCAGGAAGUUCCUUAAGCUCUGGAUUGACAGAUAUGGAUGAUGGUUUGGAUGCGUAUAACUCUUCUAGAAAAGGAGAGAAGGGGGGGUUGGCUGGAUUGCAGAACCUAGGAAAUACCUGUUUUAUGAAUAGUGCUCUUCAAUGUUUAGUGCACACUCCCCCUCUUGUUGAGUAUUUCUUAAAAGAUUACAGUGCUGAGAUCAACACACAAAAUCCCCUGGGAAUUCAGGGAGAGCUUGCUCUUGCAUUCGGUGACUUGUUACGAAAAUUAUGGUCCUCAGGGCAAACUGCUAUAGCUCCACGUGUAUUUAAGGGAAAACUUUCUCGGUUUGCACCCCAAUUUAGUGGUUACAACCAGCACGAUUCUCAAGAACUUCUGGCUUUCUUACUGGAUGGGUUGCAUGAAGACUUAAAUCGGGUCAAACAAAAACCUUAUAUUGAAAUGAAGGAUUCUGAUGGUUGUCCUGAUGAGGAAGUUGCUGCUGAGUGUUGGAAAAAUCACAAGGCCCGAAAUGACUCGGUAAUUGUGGAUGUUUGCCAAGGUCAAUAUAAAUCUACACUGGUUUGCCCAGUUUGCAGCAAGAUUUCUAUCACCUUUGACCCCUUCAUGUAUCUAUCAUUGCCACUACCUUCAACUAUCACUAGGACAAUGACAGUGAUAGUGUUUUAUGGUGAUGGAAGUCGUCUACCAAUGCCAUUUACAGUCUCUGUGCUGAAAAAUGGCUUCUGUAAAGAUCUCCUUUUGGCAUUAGGUACUGCAUGUGGUCUGAAGAGUGAUGAAAACCUGAUGCUUGCAGAGGUAUAUGAAAACAAGAUUUACCGAUAUCUAGAGAUGCCUUUGGAGCCAUUGGCUUCGAUAAAGGUUGAUGAACAUAUUGUGGCAUUCCGGUUUCAAAAGAAUGCGAUGGGGAAAACUAAGCUAGUAAUUUUUCAUCGAUGGCAGGAAAAAUCCAAAGCAGAUUAUCAUAAGAGUGUCACUGAGCUUUAUGGAACUCCACUGGUUACUUAUUUGGCGGAAGAGCAACCAAGUGGAGCUGAUAUUGAAACUGCUGUUUCUAGAGUACUGUCACCUUUCAUAAAAAUUUCUUCAGCUAAGACUCAUGUUAGCAAGGAAAAUGGUUUUCUCUCGGAUGGUCUUGAUGAAAAAUGCAGCCAUUCUGAUGCUGUCUCAGUUGAAAAUGCAGAACUCGAGGGUACAUUAAGCACAGACUUAUCACUUCUACUCCAUUUGACUGAUGAUAGGUUUACGACCUUGAAAGCUUUUAAGAAGGAUACCCUGUUUGAGUCUGGGAAAAUCUUAAGGGUUGUGUUAGAUUGGGCUGACAAAGAACAGGAGUUAUAUGAUGCCACCUACUUGAAGGACAUUCCAGAGGUUCAUAAAGCAAGACUUGCAGCAAAGAAGACCAGGCAAGAAGCCAUCUCUCUAGCGUCAUGUUUAGAUGCUUUCUUGACUGAAGAACCUCUAGGGCCUGAUGACAUGUGGUAUUGUCCUCGUUGCAAGGAACACAGACAAGCUAUAAAAAAACUGGACUUAUGGAUGCUACCAGAGGUUACUGUUUUUCACUUGAAACGCUUCACUUAUGGUAGAUACCUUAAAAACAAGAUAGACACUUUUGUGAAUUUCCCAGUUCACAAUCUUGAUUUGAGCAAAUAUGUCACGAGCAAUGACAGGCAAGCUUAUAUAUAUGAGCUAUAUGCCAUCAGCAACCAUUAUGGCGGUCUAGGGGGUGGACACUACACUGCUUAUGCGAAGUUGAUUGACGAUAAUAGAUGGUAUCAUUUUGAUGAUAGUCAUGUUUCUGCCGUCAAUGAACCUGACAUCAAGACAUCAGCUGCUUAUCUAUUGUUCUAUAAGAGGGUAAGAACUGAAUCCAAGAUGGAGGCAGGAGAAGCGUCGCAAAGUCAUUCCGUCUCUUAAGGCACUCGAUGAGGGCAUUCUUCAAUACUAUUGCUUAUGGAUCUGCCUCCUUUCGAUGUUAGGCAGUCGGCCUCACCUGCAAUAGCCACCAUCAUACUUCUUGAUGAACCGAUGGUUUUACUUAUCUGAGCAAAACCCGAGCGAGCCAUCGGUGACCAAACACACGGGACCAACUCACAGCGACGGAAUUUAAAGGCUAGGAGUGAAUAUUACAAUCAGUUGUAUUAAUCUCUGAAAGAAAUUUUGGGUAGAGUACCACUAGGUUUGCUUGCUAAUAUUAAGUUAUUAAUCAUCAAAGGCCAUUCGAUAUUUAUUAAUGUU